AUGGCAUCAUCGACCACCACUUCCACAGAUCCCUCCCAUCUUGCAUUCACGUCAUUGCCAGAUCGCCCCAUUCUCACCGUUUGUUCAAAAUGCCGUGGAGAAGGCAAGCUGGUUCAAGCGCCUUCCAGAAAGGCUCGAAAACGAUACAAGCAAUCUUCCAAUGAUGCCAAGAAGAACAAGAAUCUGCCACCACCCCGCAUCGAUGGUUGCAAACCAUGUGGUGGCUCGGGCCUGGUGGUGGCUGCCACCGACGACGAAAUCACCACCAACAAUACAAGUAACAACAACAACAAUUAUCCCCAUGUUGGAAUUGUGGGUGGCGGUUUGGGUGGCUUGGCGUUGGCCGUGGCGUGUCGGCAUCGGGGCAUUCCUUUUACGGUAUACGAGCGAGAUGCCAACUUUUUUGAACGAUCGCAGGGUUAUGGACUCACCAUGCAACAGGCAUCGCGGGCAUUGAAAGCAUUGGGGAUUCCCGUGCCGCUCCAAGAUGGCAUUGUCUCGACCAAACACAUGGUCCACAAACCAGAUGGCACCGUGGUGGGCGAAUGGGGAUUACGAAAAUGGAUUGGGAAUAAUAAAAAGCAAGAACAAAAUGACAAAAAGAAGAACAACAGCAACAACAACAAACGACAAAAUGUUCAUAUAGCACGACAAGCCCUUCGUUACGAGUUAUUACAAGCGUUAGGAGGACCCACGCAAGUCCAAUGGGGGCAUCGAUUGGUCGAGUUUUCGGAACAGGAGGAUAGAGUAGACUUGACAAUUGAAGUUGCCAACAACGACAAUACACAUUCAGAAAAAGCCAAACCGACAAUCAAACAGACGAGUGCAUCCUUGCUGGUGGGAGCAGACGGCAUUCGAAGUUCUGUUCGGAGGCAAGGGCUGGGCGAAGAGCAGUCGCCACUGCGCUACUUGGGAUGCAUUGUCAUUCUGGGAAUAUGUCCUCUGACACACAAUCAAGUCCAAGACUUGCAAUCGCCCCUAUUGGAUGGUGAAACAGUCUUUCAGACAGCGGAUGGCAGCACGCGAAUCUACAUGAUGCCAUACUCACAGAAAGAGUACAUGUGGCAAUUGUCGUUUCCGAUGGACGAACAAGCUGCCAUGGCACUGAGCCAACGAGGACCACAGGCUCUCAAAGACGAAUCCCUCAAAAUGUGUCAUGCUUGGCACACUCCCAUUAUUCCCAUUCUGAAACAAACACCAGCAACCUUGGUGUCCGGAUACCCAGUCUAUGACAGAGAUGUACUGACCAAACAGCACUUGACGACAACAUUGUCAUCAUCGUCAUCGAGAUUGCGACGUGUCACUUUACUAGGCGAUGCGGCUCAUCCCAUGAGCCCCUUCAAGGGUCAGGGUGCGAACCAGGCCCUGUUGGAUGCUCUGUUUCUGGCAAGAACAAUAUUCAAGGACUUCAACAACAACGACAACAACAAGAACACAACACAACAUGAAACUACUUUAAGCAACGAUACGUCACUAGACUGUGAGGCUGCAAUCUUGGAAAAGCUCUUGGAAACGUACGAGACUGAAAUGUUGGAGAGGUCCUCCGUCAAAGUGGAAGCGUCCGCCAAGGCGGCGCACUUUCUUCACACAAACGUCGCCAUCCAGGAAGGAAACGUGACAAGAGGGGCGGCAGCAAACAGUAAAUAA